AAGCCGACGCCCUGCCAGCGGUGCCGGGGGCUGGUGGACAAGUUUAACCAGGGGUUGGUGGACACCGCAAAGAAGAACUUUGGCGGCGGGAACACGGCUUGGGAGGAAAAGACGCUGUCCAAGUAUGAGUCCAGCGAGAUUCGCCUGCUGGAGAUUCUGGAGGGGCUGUGCGAGAGCAGCGACUUCGAAUGCAACCAGAUGCUGGAGGCACAGGAGGAACACCUGGAGGCCUGGUGGCUGCAGCUGAAGAACGAGUAUCCUGACUUAUUCGAGUGGUUUUGUGUGAAGACGCUGAAACUGUGCUGCUCUCCAGGAACCUACGGUCCUGACUGUCUCGCGUGCCAGGGUGGGUCCCAGAGGCCCUGCAGCGGGAAUGGCCACUGCAGCGGAGACGGCAGCAGACAGGGUGACGGGUCCUGCCGGUGCCACGUGGGGUACCAGGGCCCACUGUGCACUGACUGCAUGGACGGCUACUUCAGCUCGCUCCGGAACGAGACCCACAGCGUCUGCACAGCCUGUGACGAGUCCUGCAAGACGUGCUCGGGCCCGACCAACAGAGACUGCGGCGAGUGCGAAGCGGGCUGGGUGCUGGACGAGGGCGCCUGCGUGGACGUGGACGAGUGUGCGGCCGAGACACCUCCGUGCAGCGCCGCACAGUUCUGUAAGAAUGCCAACGGCUCCUACACGUGCGAAGAUGUAGAUGAGUGCUCACUAGCAGAAAAAGCCUGUGUGAGGAAAAACGAAAACUGCUACAAUACUCCAGGGAGCUACGUCUGCGUGUGUCCCGAUGGCUUCGAAGAAACUGAAGAUGCCUGUGUGCCGCCGGCAGAGGCUGAAGCCACAGAAGAAAGCCCGACACAGCUGCCCGCCCACGAAGACCUGUAACGUGCUAGACUUGCCCUUUAAAUUAUUCAGAAGGACGUCCUGUGGAAAAUGUGGCCCCGAGGAUGUGUCCCCUGCAGUGGACAGCGGGAGGGAAAAGCUGCCUGGUCUCUAAUGGUUGAUUCUCAUUUGGCCCUUAAACAGCUGCAUUUCUUGGUUGUUCUUAAACAGACUUGUAUAUUUUGAUACAGUUCUUUGUAAUAAAAUCGACCAUUGAAGGUAAUCAGGAG